AUGGCGGGUGUUGUUCCAACCGAAAUGUCCGCCAAUAGUCCAAGGCGCACCACCCAAUUUGCACGCAAUGCUCAAGGUGGAGCAAAUACGGAGAUGAAGACCGGAAUCCUCCAACUUGUUUAUGCAAAUCCAUUCACCGGAAUGGAUCAUGAGGACCCCUUUGCACAUCUCACCAAAUUUUAUGAGAUUGCGGGUUCAACGGGAGUCGAUGCGGCAAAUGAAGAAUCAUUGUUCAAGAGACUAUUUCCACACUCAUUACUUGGGAAAGCCAAAGAAUGGUAUCUUGAUCAAUUACCAAAUGUGAUGAUAGAUUGGAAUCUAUUGGAAGAAAAGUUUUUAGAACGAUAUUUUCCUCAAUCCCGAUUCAUGGAGGCCAAAACGGCAAUCGUGGUUUUCAACCAAGGAAGCAACGAAUCACUUAAUGAGGCUUGGGAAAGAUACAAGUCAUUGUUGAGAAAGUGCAAGGGGCAUGGUUUUGAUGAGCUCACACAAAUUCAUCUAUUCCAAAAUGGACUUCAACCGGUUCACAAAACGCUUUUGGAUGCUACCGCGGGUGGUUCUCUUAUGUCCAAAAGUGUGGAGGAAGCAAUCACUAUCAUCGAUCGAAUGGCACUCAAUGAUCGACAAAGUCAACAUGAUCGAAGUCCUUCACAAAGGAAACCGGGAGUUCUUGAAUUGAACACCAAUGAUGCCAUCCUUGUGCAAAACAAGCUUCUUUCACAUCAAGUGGAGUUACUCACACAACAAAUGACCAAACUCCCGCAGCAAAUGAAAGAGAUUCAAGGAUAUCAAACUAGGCACCAUGUGGCAGCUUGUGAACUUUGUAAUGGAGAUCAUCCGACUGGGUAUCAAAGGCAACCUCCACCUCACAACAAUCCUUACCAAAGAAACAACCAAGGAUUCCAACCUUCAAGAUUCGGCAAUCAACACUAUCAACAUCAAAGUCCUUAUCAAAGUUCAAACCCACAAGGCCAAGGUCAACAAUCUCAAGGCGGAAGCUCAAAGUUGGAAGAUACUCUUACACAAUUCAUGCAAGCAUCCAUGGCUAAUCAAAGGAGUAAUGAAGCGACCAUAAAGAAUUUAGAAAAUCAAGUGGGUCAACUUGCAAAGCAAUUGUCCGAGCAACAACCGGGAGCAUCCUUUUCCGCCAACACCCAAACCAAUCCAAAGGAGCAUUGCAAAGCCAUUUUUACAAGAAGUGGGAAGGAGGUGAAUAGUGGCGUAAAUGAAGAGGUUAUAGUGGAAGAUGAGGAGGAAAUAAUAGUUGAAGAUGAAGAGGAGGAAGUGGCAGUUGAAAAUGAGGGAGAAAAGAAUGAGGAGAAGAUAGAGGAAGAAUUAGUUGAAAAAGAGCGGAAAGAAAAAGAAGAAAGAGAGAAAAUUGACAAAAAAGUGAAGAAGAAUAAAAAGAGAAAUGAGAAUAUGCUCACAAAGAAAAAGAAGUACACGGAUGAAGAGACGGUUGUGCUUGAUGCUCAUUGUAGUGCAAUUAUUCAAAAAACUCCCCCAAGAAAGGAAGUUGAUCCGGGACGAGUCAUUUUACCGAUCACCAUUGGAGGUAACUACAUUAGUAAUGGUUUGGUUGAUUUGGGGUCUAGCAUCAAUUUAAUACCUUUAUCCGUUGUCAAGAGAUUGGGGAACUUUGAGAUGAAACACACCAUGAUAACUUUGCAACUAGCCGAUAAGUCUAUCAUUUCACCAUAUGGAGUUGUACAAGACAUGCUGCCUCCUAAGGAUGAACAUGACAACUUCCGAAUCGAUGAUGAAAAAGGAGAAAUCAUUGAGGUGGAGAAUCAAUUUCACAAGGACAAGGACAAGGCAAAUCAUGAGGGAAAGACUCAUCACAAAAACUUUAAAGUUGGACAAAUGGUGCUUGUGUGCAAUUCAAGACUCAAGGUGUUUCCUAGCAAGUUAAAGUCAAAGUGGUCGGGGCCAUUUGUUGUGAAAGAGGUGCGAAAUUAUGGAGCCAUUGUGGUGGAGGACCCCAAAACACAAGAAAGCUGGAAUGUAAAGGAACAAAGACUCAAAGGCUACCACGAUGGAUAA